CUGAGUUAAUUUUGUGAAAAGAUAUACCAGCAAUUGUGUCAUUUAGACAACCACAGAAGCGUGUUACAUUGCAAAGAAUGCUGGGAGAAAAGUUUGACAGUAAUGAAAUGUGUAACUUCUCACCAAAAAACAAGAUGGAGGACAGACGACGAUAACAAACGUGUUGAAUAGUCCUCUUUCCACGUUAAUUAUGUCCGACAGCGGUAUGCAAUCGUUGGACGACAUACUAAAUAAUCCACCUCCUCUGGUCCCUCCAACGACAGAACCUUGGCCACGACCACGCUGUACGAGCUCGCAAAGAGCUGAACCCGCUCCUUUCCCAAACUCAAUUCUCUUUUCUGGGAAUCGAAGACCAUCCUUGCUGGAAUUUCUACACCCGAAUUUUCGAGCGUCUUUAAAGUUGCAUAGAUCUGAAAGUAUUCAAGGAAGAACGAAUUCAGAAACAAUGCCUACAAGUUCAGAGAAUAUUGAAAAAGCAGGUGCAUCUAAUGUGCCGGUGAAAUUCGAUGUUGGGGGAAUAGCAGAAACAACGAAGAGAGCAAAGGCGAGGGUAAGGGCGAUUGUGAAGAAAGGGAGUGUUGUUAAAGUUCCUGUAUUUCAAACUAAGCAAGGACGAGUGUCUCAAGGGAAAGCAGAAAGUGUAAAGAAGACUGUAGGAACGAAAAUAGAUGCUGCUGCAAGCAGUCCUGGUGCAACAACCAACAAAAAGGCCAAUGAACUACCUACAGGAGCAAACAUGGCUUUGGAGUUGUUGUGUAGCAAGAAUGAUGGAAUUGUUCCAGAGAAAAAUGCUGCUGACAAGAAUGCCUGGCAAACUAAUUCAAAAGCAUCUCAAUGUGUAGAAAAUAAGAAAGCUAUUGAAGAAAUGAUAAAUGAAAUAAGGUUAUCUAAACCUGAACACAAGACUCAGAAAAUUACAAUUCUGUCAUCCUCAACAAAACAAGCACCAUUUGUCACACUACCAGGAUCUGGAACCAGCUGGUCUACGUCUACAAUUUAUCCAGGAUCUGUUGCAGAAUCUAACCAAACUAUGCACACAAAAGAUAAACAAUCUGGAUCAGGAUGUGAAUUUAACCAAACUAUGAAAAGAGCAGACCCAGGAUCUAUAUCUGAGUCUGUGGAUAUAGUAGACAAAGUAUCUGCAUCAGGAACUGGAUCUUACCAAACUUUGGAAAGAGUGUAUCCAAGAUCUUUAUCUGAAUCUGUGGAUAUAGUGGAUAGAGUAUCUGGAUCAAGAUCUAACAAAACAAUGGGUGCAGUGGCUCCAGGAUCUAUUUCAGAGUCUAAUCAAACUGUGCACACACAAGCUACAGAAUCUGGAUCAGGAACAGUAUCUAGCCAAACUACGGAAAGAGUGGAUCCUGAAUCUGUGGAUCUAGUAGAUAACAUGCCAGCAUCAGGAUCUAACCAAACUAUUCCUACUACAGAUCCAGGGUCUAUUGAAGAGUCUAACCAUAUGGUACAUGCAAAAGAUAAAGAAUCUGGAUCAGAAAGAGGAUCUAGCCUAACUAUGGAAAGAGUGGACCCAGGAUCUUUAUUUGUAUCUGUAGAUAAAGGAGAUAACAUACCAGGAUCUAUAUCUAACCAAACUAUGUCUACAUUGAAUCCAGAAUCUGUUGCAGAUUCAAGCCAAUUUAUAGAUACAGUGGAUCCAGUAUCUUUAUCUAAAGAAUCUGGAUCAGGAGCUCAAUCUACCCAAACUAUGUCUACAUUGAAUCCAGGAUCUGUUGCAGAGUUAAGCCAAUCUAUUAAAACAUUGGAUUCAGUAUCUGUAUCAAAUCAAUCUAUGGAUCCAGUGGAUUCUUUAUCUGGAUCUGUGGAUAUAUUAGAUAAAGAAUCUGGAUCUAGACAAAUGAUGGAUACAAUGGAUCAAGGAUGUGUAUUAGAAUCUAAUCAAGCUAUGCAUAUAGUGGAUAAUGGAUCAAAAUCAAGUCAAACAUUGGAUACAGCAGAUUCAGGAUCAGCGUCUGGAUUUAACCAAACUGUGGAAAAAGUGGUUAAAAAACCUGAAGCUUUGCCUAUAAUGCCAAUAGAGCAGACAUUCGAAGAUGAUUCCACAAUACUGACAAAAAGAUCUUCAACAAGAAGGCACAUCCCCAAAGGUGCUUUGUUUGGAGCAAUUUCUGCUGGGAGGCCAAGACAACUUGGGAGUAGAAUUCCUCUGAGGUCAGAAAGCUUCUCACCAAGUUUCAAAAGACUCACUCGACUUCGUGAUCCACAAGUUAUUCAGCUUUCUAGUAAGCCUGUUUCUGUAACUCACAGUCAAGCAACGACUGGGUUACAAAGUAAUGAUAUUGUCGACUCUGUGGGUGAAAUAGGUGAUAGUCCUGUUGACAAACUUGACAAGGAAUUGUCAGAGAUCAUAAAAUCUUAUUCAACAGGACUGGAAAAGCUGCUGAAUGAUGCUGAUGAUGCUACAGGUGAAGCGAUUGACAAAAAUCUGCUAGAAGCACCGCCUAUAGAAGAUCACAGGGAACUCUCACGUCCAGACACAAAAAGAAUAAACACAGCACUGGAUAAAGCUGAAAAAAGACGUGAUGUUAGAGGCCAUCAAGAAGUAAUCAUUUGCUCUAAAGAGAAAGAAGAACAAAGCCUGAGGGAAACAAAUGUAUUAUGUUUUGAACGUGCUGAAAGUCCUGUAAAUAGGACAGAGUCAUCAAAAGGCACAAGAGACCAAGAUCAAACAAACCAGGAGAAAUGUUCUAAAAGUGGCAUGCAUCAGGCUGAUGUAAAUGACUCAGAUAACAACUGGAUACAACUGGAUAACAAAACAACUGGAAAUAAGACAGAACCUUCAAAAGGGUUAAAGCAACUGCAAGGGGAAACAAAUCAGGAAAAAAAUCAUAAAAAAGGCAUGCAGCAGACUUGUACACAUGACACGGAUAGUGAUGAAGGAAGUGGUUCUGUCCAAGAGCUUGUGUUCAGUGAUUCUGAUGAUAAGUCUGAUAGCGAGGAGUAUGAUUACCUUGAAGAAAGUAUACAUCAAGAUGGUCUUGUGGGUGGAGAGUCUGAUGGUAGUCAGGCUUGUGGUAGACAGAAUGAUGAGGACAUUAAAGCUGAUCAGGAAAGUGAAGAAGGCGAAGUUUUUUCAGAAACGGAUGAAGAUGGUCAAGUCGUAGACCAACCUACUGACAUCAAACAGAAGUCAGAAAAUGUUUCGGUCCUGGUAAAGCCUGACUGUAAGCAGGAUGCUGUUAAAGAACAGAAGCCUUCAGGCAGAAAGCUGAAGAGGAAACUCUAUAAACAAAGGAAAAGACAAGAAAAAUUUAAAAAGAUCGAAAAGAAAAAAGCGAUAAGAGAGCAAAAACAGCAAAAAGCUGCUAUCCAACGAUAUAACCUUCGAAACACUACUAGAAAAUGUGAAGAUGACAGUAUGGCAUCUGCGCCUGAUCAACAUGAAGUCAAGGUCUCUGAUAAAGUUGUAAAACGUACUGAAGACGUUAAACCCGCGAAGUCGUCAAGUCUUUUGGACGCUGUUAGCAACAUGGCUGUAGACGUGACAGUUGCCGCCAGUGAAAAGGAACUCGUGAAGAAAAAAACUCGGGGAGGAAGCCAAAGUGCCAAAAAGUUGAAGAAGAAAAUGAAAAGAUGGAGGGAUCGGCAGCAAAUGCUAGCCCAGAGAGAGACAGCACGACCGCGGGAGCCCCCACCUCGCCCUAUCUGCACAUUUUACAUAGAAGGGCGUUGCAACAAAGGCAAUGAUUGCACCUUUCGCCAUGAGGGCACACCCACUGGUAUCCCCAAGAUGUGCAGGUUUUACGCCAGGGGAGACUGCAUGAACGAGGAGAAAUGCAUUUUCAUGCACUCCGCUUUCCCUUGCAAGUAUUUCCAUAGGAGUCGGUGCAAAUAUUCUGACGGCUGCAGGUUUUCACAUGAUGCUUUGACUGAUGUCACCAAGGAAAUGCUUGACACGUUCCUUGCCGAGGAAAAGGUAGCAGAGAUGGCACGCUCCACUUUACAACAAGCGGCCUUGGAAACCGUCACUCCGUUGCCAACAAGUGCAACCAUAGAAACGAAUACUCGGUACAGCUUGCGCAGUGGGUCUAAGCGACCAAGCCACCUUGACGAUGGUACCGGAAGUGACGUUAAAUCUGCGAGGAGAGAUGAAGGACAUGAGGGGAAAGCGUUUGUUCCAGGAAUCUUUCGAGAAGUUUGAAAAAAAACUUUACUUUUAGCAAAAAGAUGUUAAAAAAAAGUAAAAAAAAAAAAAGAAGAAAAAACAAUAAAAACACUUGAACCAUA